AUGGCACGAACUAUCCGAGUUGGCUUCGCAAAAGUUAAACUUGUCCUUAAAAUGGAUGAGAUUGAUUAUGUGUUGACACAAGCCCCACCACAUAUUCCUCCUGACCAAACAGCUACUCAGGAAGAAAUAACUGCUUAUGAGAAGCAUGUCAAGGAUGAUAGUAGAGGUAAAUGUUACUUACUAGCAUCCAUGAAAGAUGAGCUACUAAAACAACAUGAAGAUAUGGAUGAUUGUGCUUCCAUAUUGCUUCACCUUAAAGAGCUUUAUGGUGAAGCUACUCGUAGCUUGCGUUACAAUACAAUAUGUGAACUUGUCAACACAAAGAUGACAAGACGGACUCCGGUUAAUCAGCAUGGUCUCAAGAUAAUAUCAUUAGUUGAGAAAUUGGAAAAAUUGGACGCUCCAUUUAAUGUUGAAGUUCAAUAA